UUGCCCUAAAAAAAAACACAAUAAUGGAUAUCCUAUGGAUUUUAUGGAUACUACCCACAGCACUGGCUCUUGAAGAAACGUUAAUGGAUUCCACUACAGCAACAGCUGAGCUGGGAUGGACGGUAUUUCCUGUAUCUGGCACCAGUGAGAACAGUUGGGAAGAGGUGAGCGGAUACGACGAGAACAUGAACACUAUACGCACCUACCAGGUGUGCAAUGUCUUUGAUGCCAACCAGAACAACUGGGUUCGCACCAAGUACAUCCACCGGCGAGGAGCUCAGCGCAUCCAUGUGGAGAUGAAAUUCUCAGUGCGGGACUGCAGCAGCAUCCCCCGGGUACCAGGCUCCUGCAAGGAGACCUUCAACCUGUACUACUAUGAAUCAGAUGGCGACACCGCUACUAAAUUGUACCCUCCGUGGAUGGAGAACCCAUGGAUCAAGGUGGACACCAUCGCUGCUGAUGAAAGCUUCUCACAGGUGGACUUGGGAGGUCGCGUAAUGAAGAUCAACACAGAGGUACGCAGCUUCGGGCCUGUUUCACGUAACGGUUUCUACUUGGCCUUCCAGGAUUAUGGUGGCUGCAUGUCACUCAUUGCCGUCCGCGUUUUCUACCGUAAAUGCCCACGGGUCAUCAGGAAUGGUGCCAUUUUUCAAGAAACUCUUUCCGGGGCUGAGAGUACGUCUCUGGUUGCAGCGAGGGGAGUGUGCAUCCCCAAUGCUGAGGAAGUUGAUGUACCCAUCAAACUCUACUGUAACGGAGAUGGCGAAUGGAUGGUGCCCAUCGGUCGGUGCAUGUGUAAGGCUGGCCAUGAACCUGUGGACAAUGGCACUGUAUGUCGAGCAUGCCAGUCGGGUUUCUUCAAGCCAGCUCAGGGCGAUGAGGCGUGUCUGCCAUGUCCCAUCAACAGCCGCACCACCAAUGAUGGUGCCACCAACUGUGUGUGCCGCAACAACUACUACCGCACCGACUCGGACCCCAUCCAGAUGCCCUGCACGACCGUACCAUCGGCUCCACAGAAUGUGAUCUCGAAUGUGAAUGAGACGUCACUGAGGCUGGAAUGGAGUCCUCCACGCGAGAGCGGUGGCCGCGGCGAUGUAGUUUACAAUGUGAUCUGUAAGAGCUGCGGUGGCAGAGGCUGUACACGAUGCGGCGACAACGUUCAGUUCACACCACGCCAGCUGGGCCUCACCGACUCAUGGGUCUACAUCAGUGACCUGCUCGCUCACACACAGUACACCUUUGAGGUGCAGGCUGUCAAUGGAGUUUCAGACCAGAGCCCACAUUCACCCCAAUACGUGUCUGUCAAUAUAACAACCAACCAGGCUGCUCCCUCCACAGUUUCUAUAAUUCACCAGGUCAGCCGUACAGUGGACAGCAUUACUCUGUCUUGGUCACAACCGGAUCAACCCAAUGGAGUCAUUCUGGACUAUGAGCUGCAAUAUUAUGAGAAGGAUCAGACUGAGCAUAACUCAUCCAUCGUGAGGAGUCAGACCAACACAGCCAUCAUCCGCGGACUCAAGCCCGGGGGAAUUUAUGUGUUCCAAGUGCGGGCACGUACAGUGGCCGGGUUCGGACGCUACAGUGGCAAGAUGUACUUCCAGACCAUGACCGAGGAGGAAUACAACACCAGCAUACAGGAGAAACUGCCUCUCAUCAUUGGUUCAGCAGCAGCAGGGCUAGUCUUCCUCAUUGCUCUGGUGGUCAUCAUUAUUGUGUGUAACCGGACAGACGAAAGGUGGAAUCAAUCAAGACGUGGCUUUGAGAGAGCAGAUUCGGAAUACACAGACAAGCUGCAGCACUACACCAGCGGUCACAUGUCACCAGGAAUGAAGAUCUACAUCGACCCAUUUACCUACGAAGAUCCCAACGAAGCAGUAAGAGAGUUCGCUAAAGAGAUUGAUAUCUCAUGUGUGAAGAUUGAGCAGGUCAUUGGAGCAGGUGAGUUUGGGGAGGUGUGCAGCGGCAACCUGAAGCUCCCAGGAAAGAGGGAGAUGUUUGUCGCCAUUAAGACACUGAAGUCGGGUUACACAGAGAAACAGAGGCGGGACUUUCUGAGUGAGGCCAGCAUCAUGGGACAGUUUGACCACCCGAAUGUCAUACAUCUGGAAGGAGUAGUGACCAAAAGCAGCCCUGUGAUGAUAAUCACUGAGUUUAUGGAGAACGGCUCACUGGACUCUUUCCUUAGGCAAAACGAUGGGCAGUUCACUGUGAUCCAGCUAGUAGGCAUGCUGCGUGGUAUUGCCUCAGGAAUGAAGUACCUCGCUGAUAUGAAUUACGUGCACCGUGACCUGGCAGCCCGGAACAUCCUAGUUAACAGCAACCUGGUGUGUAAGGUGUCAGACUUUGGGCUCUCGCGCUUCCUGGAGGAUGACACAUCUGACCCCACCUACACCAGUGCUCUGGGUGGGAAAAUCCCCAUUCGCUGGACUGCACCUGAAGCCAUCCAGUACAGGAAAUUCACUUCAGCCAGUGACGUGUGGAGUUACGGCAUCGUCAUGUGGGAGGUGAUGUCUUACGGAGAGAGGCCAUACUGGGACAUGACCAAUCAGGAUGUAAUCAAUGCUAUUGAGCAGGACUACAGGCUGCCUCCACCUAUGGACUGCCCCAGUGCCCUACACCAGCUCAUGCUCGAUUGCUGGCAGAAGGACCGCAAUAAUCGUCCCAAAUUCAGCCAGAUUGUUAACAACCUGGACAAGAUGAUUCGUAACCCCAACAUGCUGAAGGCCAUGACACCUCUUUCUUCAGGUGUACACUUGCCCUUGCUGGACCGCAGCAUGCCUGACUUCUCCAGCUUCAGAAACGUGGACGACUGGCUGGAUGCUAUCAAGAUGGGACAGUACAAGGACAACUUCGCCAACGCUGACUUCACCAGCUUCGAUUUGGUCUCACAGAUGACAAUGGAGGACAUCCUCAGGGUGGGAGUGAUUCUUGCGGGUCACCAAAAGAAGAUCCUCAACAGCGUGCAGAUGAUGAGGGCACAAAUGAACCAGAUCCAGUCGGUGGAGGUUUGACCUUCUGGCCUGAUCCUGCACACAGAGGCAGGAGGGACAAGUGGACAGAUGGUGGUGGAUGUGUGCUGAACCUGAUUUUUCCCUUUAGGCCACCAUUUUUUUCCAAGGAAAUCAUCAACAACACUUCUUCCCCAUCCAUCAGUUGUCACAACUGCCAAAACAAGGAGCAAGGAGGAAUUUUCACCAAACAAGAGCAUGCCCAUCUUCUUGCUCUUGCUCUUACUUCAUUACGAUUAUUCAUUUUAUUUUAUUUUUUUGUCAUCUAUGUUCUUUUUAAUGAUUUUUUUCUAAAGAUUUUGUAAAGGAAAAAAAGCUACAUGAACAGAAAGGAUCUAUAUGAUAUAUAGAUACGUUUAAAAUUGUAGAUGGAUUUCACUGAAAGGCUACCCUUUAAAAGGGCAAAAUACACCGAAAACAAAGGUACAUCAUCACGCAAUGUGCUCUAUUAUUCUAUUUUAUUGUGGAAAUCAUUCAAAAGGAAUAUUGACUACCAGCUCAGAGGCUACAAGUAGAAAAAAAACAUGGAACUAUAAUUCCUGUGCCAUCAUUAAAAAGGCAGAGAAAAGGAGAUAAACCCCAUGAAAUGGAAACUUCCUCUUGACUGCCGUUAUUGCCAUGAAGGAAAAUAAAGACACUUCUAUCAUUUAGCUGUUUGAAACACCCAAAGCAAAUACAAAAAAAAAAAAAAAAAAAAAAAAUGUCUUCUCUCCUAAAUAGUAAUCUCGUUGACAGUGUGGACUUUGUAGUGAAGAUUUCCUCUGCUUCCAGUCACCAUGGGAAAAAGACCAUUUUGUUUUCUUUUUACAGACAUCAUAACCUGCCAAAUAGGACAUCGUUCUGUCCUACCUCAUAGCUCAUAGGUCCUUCUGUACAUAUCAGAUGCACUUGACAUCGUCAAUAUAGUCACCAAGUGCGUGGCUGUCUUCAUUCAGGCAAUGAUGGGGUUAAUAUGUGGGGUUGUUCAUAGUUCCCCCUAUUUUAAAUCAAAUGUUUGUUGUGGAAUUUAAUAAUUUACUACAUGACACAUCAUAUAUUGAUUCCCUUCAAAUAUGUAGAGAUAAAGGCUUUGGGUGUGUUUUUUUCUCAUUAUUAUUAUUAUUAAUUUACUUUUUACAUAGAAUGACCCUGAAUAAACAUAGGUUUUGAUUUUUUUUUUUUACACAGUUUCAUUUAUUGUAGGUUCAGAAUAGAAUUAAACUAUCAAACUAGGGGGUCCUUUUCAGUAUCACAUGGUGUUUUCCAUUGGGGCGGUACUGUGAACACGAGCGUAGUGUUAUAAUGGUUCCAGUGGCCAUGGCAUUACUAUUAUAAACUGGUACUGUUGCACACUUAGCAAGUGGCAGGAGAACAGGAGAGGACGAGACCUCCCUUUUAAAUGUGUUUUUUUUGACUCAUGCACAUCCCUAAAACAGUAGGUCUCCAAUGGUACUCAAGAUGUCUGCCUUGUUACCAACAUGAAGAGCAUUAAACAGUAAAAAAAAACAAAAAAAACAUGUAAAUAUCCAUGUAAGAAAUAUGUGUUGGAUUUUAGUGUACAGAAUUUUGUUGUUAAAAAUGAAUCAAGAGCUGUUUAAUCUGGGCCUUUUUUUUCUAUUAGAGAGAGAUGAUGGGGACUGUGGGAUUCAUCCUUUAGAAUGGUCAUAGUGAGCAGUGUGGCAGAUACUGAACAGACACGAAAACCAUAGCCACCUCCGGCUGUGCUACAUGAUGUGUGUGUGCGGUGUGUGUGUGUCCUGGCAUGGAGGUCACUUGUGGUUAACAGUGCUCAAUUACACUUUGUCUAGCUCAGCUCACCAGAGACUUCCUCCGCUUCAUAACCUCAGGGUUGACGUACAUCUUUAAUACAUUUAAAACCCCUCGGUACAGCGCAGCUAGUCACUUCGACCACACUUCAGUUCACAUAAGCUCCGUUGGCUGGUUCUCUGCUUCAGAGUGGCGUGAUGUGAACGGAUUAAUCCAGCACAGUACUCAUCUGGCGCCGAUUUUCUGACCACAGAUGCAUCAGUGCUGAUUCUGCUGUGCAUCUUCAUUUGUUCUCAUUACACAAAUUCUUCCAUAGGAAUGUCUGUUUAUCUCUAGUGGCAUCAUGUUGUAUACACACACACACACACACACACACACACAUACACAUGUAGAGUUAAAAUGGGCAUACACACACACACAUACACAUGUAGAGUUAAAAUGGGCAUCUAAUAUGUGUGUGUGUGUGUGUGUGUGUGUGUGUUAGAUGCCCAUUUUAGCUCCAGUAGGCAUAACUCUCAGGAUUAAUUCCCCAUGCUUCUUUGAUCAAUCCCAUUUUACUGUUUUCAUCAUUUCUUUUGUCUUUCUAGGUGGCUUUUUUUUCUCAAGAACAACUUAUUAUUUAUUUAAUAUGUGACUAUCAGGAUUUUGCCCUCAGCGGUUCCAUGAAUCAGCGUGACUAUUUAAUGGGCUGAUGGAUAGAGAAACAGAUUCUGAACUUUCUGAAAUUCUUCACUGAUGCCACACUUUUGCAAAACCCUUAACACCUGCUAAAGCACUCCAAUAAUUAAUGGCACCUCAGUCUUCCUCAAAAUAGCACCCAUUCUUUCUUUCUCUCAUCUCCGUUUGCAUACCAACUCCCGAUUUGCAUUUGAGGGAAGAGUGACUGCAUUAUGUUUGAAUUUCUGUUGCACAGUGAAAGCGAGAGGGAGAUGGUUAUCAGAUGACUGCUUGCUGUUGUAUUACAGUGGAAGUGCAAUGUGUUUACCUGCUGUAGUAUAAAUACCACUUCUGCAUCUGAAAAGUAAUGCAGCAUUUUUCAGCCCUGGUUUCUCUUCUUAAAUAAAUGCACUGCUUUCAAAAUGAAGUGAGACGACAUUUGAAGACUUUUCGAGAGUCACACUUUCAGGGGCUUAGAGUUUAUGUUCAUUUGCCUAGAAUUAAGCUGUUUGAAGAAAAUUAGGAAGACUCCCUGAAAAAAUAUAUAGGUGAACAUACGUAGAUGAGUAAGAGAAGGUCAUCUAAUAUUUCUCAUUAUUGGGCAACAAUAAAAAAGAACAAAAAUGUAAGCUUAGUAAUCAUGUUUGCAGACAUUUGAACUCAUUAGAAGCCUCAAAUUGACUUGUGUUUUUGGCAGACAUUUCUAUAGAUUUUUUUUUUCUACCUUUCUAAAAAAAAUAUAUAUUUUUUGAAAUUAACUCUCCUAAUUAAUUCAUUAAUUAAUAGUCUUCAAAAAAAGACAUGCGGAAAGUGUUACAUGUUUUUUUUUACAAGUAAAAGUUAAAUAUUAAAAGGGUUUUGUAAGGAUUAUUGUAAUAUUACUUGUUCAUUACAGUUAUUUAUUUAAAGAAAUAAAGUCUGCCAAGAGCUCAAGUCAAUUUAAAGCUUUAAAUGUCUAGAAAUAAGAUUUCCUAUUUAAAUGUGCUUUAUCAUAAUCUCCUAAAUGCAAAAGAUAUGAUCAUUUCUGUAUAUUUAAGACGUUUUCACUUGACAUCAGUGCAAAUGUCUCACAACAUGGUGAUGCCCUUUGUGGUAAUAAAUAUCACCACACAUCACUGAAGGAUUCUGAUAUCAUUACAUACAGGUUCGGGUUUUGUUUUUGUUUUGUUUUUCCUUUCUAGAAGAUUAUAGCAGGUUAUUAAGUAUAACUGUGUUAGACAGUGUGUAUGUACGUGUAUGUGGGUGUAAAGGUACACCUUAUGUGAGGCUUAAACCACUUUGUAACCACAAACUAAUUUGUGCUCUUUAAGCCAGACACUGUCCUCAGGCACAACGUGACAGCACUCUUCUCUAAUAUUUAGUCUUUUUACAUCAGAUGCUUCCAUUUUGUAACUUAUACAGUAUUGGCUCUGCUCUACAUUUUUCACAUCAUUUAAUUUUUCUUUUUUUUGCUAAACCCAUUAAUCAGCAGAAGUGUCCGUAACCCUGUAUUCUCUUUAAAAACUCUUUACAAACAAUCCUUAUGCUCUAAAAACAGACUCACUAUUUACCCACGCACAUUGAAUCCUAAUGGUACAGAUAUUUUUUUCCUCCCGGUGUGUUUUUACAGUAACUACUAGACUGAAGUUAGAUCUCAGCAGGAGUCCAACCGCUUCAUCCAUCUUUCUGUUUCAUAUUCUGUCCGUCCCUUGAUUUACCAGAAUGCUGUGUAAACUUCAAAGUCGUAAUAAAUAAGAUGUGAUUGUAAGUGUGAAAGAAUAUUAUGCAGAGCGAGUAAGCGACUCGUAUAGGCCGUUUCAUUGGAUUGUCUCACCGCAAAACCAUAACAUACCAACGGUGGAAUUUUUAGGUUAUUUGUCAUGUCACGCUAGUCAGGCUAAGAACUCAGAAGUUGAUCGACAAGAUAUCAUGUGCUCAACUGGAUGGUAUGUGUAUAAACACUCAACCUCCACAUGUCACUGAGCAGUGAUUAAAAUAACUAACAGAGUCAUUUAGGUGGUGACAGUUGUGCUGUGUAUACAUCUUAACCGCCAACAAUUCUCCUCUCUCACAACUGGCAAGUUUAAUCAUGACUGCUGUGACACUCCGCUCAGUUUAUAUGGCCUUUUGCUAAAAGCUGAGAGCGACAGCAAGCUGUGAACUGCAUAUGCUUUCGUUUUCUGUAGAACCAUUCACCAACUGUGUGCCAGUUGUAAAAUGGAACCGAAAGACCAUUUUGUCUCCGUGUUACAAUGAGCAGUGAAUGUAAACACAAGAUGUCCCUGGCUCCUUCUGGUGUGGCCCGCGUCCUCCAAAUAUGGUCCAAAGCGUUCAGGAGAGAAAAUGGCUCCUAAACGUGGAGCUGCUGCUCGUAGCAUAACUGUGCCCUCUGGUGUCUGGAUGGCAAUACUGCAGUAUGGCUGUGAUGGAGCUUCCCUGUGUCUCAGCUCUGAUUCUGCAUGCAGGACAGGGGACAAUUCUCCCUGUGACAGGCAGAGCGCUGUCCACCCUCACCACUGUGACACACAUGGGAGGUCCUGUUUUUGAUGUAUAAAAUGUACAUUUGACUGUAACCCUGUGAAUGAUGUAACAAUUUCAUUAUUUGUAAUAUUGUUAUCAGUUUAUUUUCUAAAAAUGCCAGAAAAAAGCCCAACUUGACUCUCCUCAUUAAACGUGAAAUGAGAUCUGUUAUAAA